AUGUGCCAUGUCCAGCGCGUUCUCAAUACCUGUGGGCAUAUCAACGACCAUGUCUUCCUAGCCUGCCACAUCGCAAAGGCGGCAGCAGCACUACUGGCCCCCUCUGAUAUCAACGGGGGCUGCGACUCCUUCCAGCCUCAAUUCUUGAAGAAUUUCCCAGCCGGGACAAUCUGGGAGAGGAUAUCCACCACCGGAUAUCACGCCGUCACCCAACCCUACUGCACAGAUGGAAGAGUGUAUUGUCUCCGCAGUCCCCGUGGAUUCAAGUGUAUGGUAGAUGGAUGCGGUCGUGCCGAUUAA